AUGGCCGGACGUUGGGACGAUUACGACGACCGACGUGUUUGUCUCAUUCCACUUCCACGAUUUCCCAGGCUAACCGAAAAGAAACGGGAUAUAGGGGUUUACUUUUCUGGUGUUUUAUUCGCAGUGGGCUGGUGGUUCUUUAUAGACGCUGUUGUCUAUGCCGCCACCAUGGAAGACCCGCCGGUAUCUAUCAAGUUGGAGGAUUGGAUAAGUGGUAUCAUUAGUACACUGGGAAUGAUAAUUGUGAAUUCUAUCGAUAAAUCACGGCUCACGGCUGAUGAUUUUACCUAUUCGGGGUCAGGGAUAGCGUGGAAAGCUCGCCUCUUCCUCUUUACCGUAUUGAUUCUGAAGUACAUAGUGCCAGACAUUCCUAUGCCUGCAUUUUAUUUUGGGAUUGCCGAAGUGACGCAAAACAUUGCGAUUAUGCUUAGGCAAUUCGGCCGUUCUUUGGGUUGCGCAGAAUACCGAGAACAAUUACCAGAAUUUCUCUUAUAUGUUAUAAAGACGUAUUUAAUUGCUCAAUUAUUUUAUUUGAACCCAGCGAGGUAG